GGCAGAUAGAUCUCUUUCUUAAAAGGAAAACAGAGAGGUUUUUCUCUGCUUGUUUGUUCUUCACACCUUCUUGAUGUUGUCUUUUAUUCCUCAGGUAUUUCUUGCACUUUCAACAUUCAGUGCUGGUAGGGGUAUUAAAGGCCAGUGCCCAGAUUGCAUUGAGGAAGGAUAUAUCAAGAUCAUAGAUCCUAGAACUGGCAAGUGUGAAGGAUGCUGGCCUUGUCCCGAAUGUCAGGAGGGUGCAGGUUCCUCUGUUCAGUGUGGAUCAACUGUACCAAAGGGAACAGACAUUCACUGUGUUUCUUGCACCAUGGGCAUAAACUUCUCUAACAGCCUAAGUAUUGAAAAGUGCAAACCUUGUGGAGUCUGUUCAGGGAAGCACAAGCAUGUCUCAGCUGAAUGUACCCCAUCUAGUGAUGUGCAAUGUGAAUGUGACAAUGGAUUUUAUCAAAACAAAACAACCCAUGAAUGUCAGUCAUGUGAUUCCUGUUGCUUCACAGAUGCUGAUGAUGACAUCAUUGAAAAAUGUCAGAAAGAUGCAGAAAUCAAAGAGGAUGAACAAUCCAUGUUCAGCCCCUCUACAGUCAUUGCAACAUCCUCAUCUUUAUUCAAAUCAAUCAAGAUCCAUACAGCUAUAACUCCUUUUCUUCAAGGCCUCACUAGUAUUUUAGUUCCUUCAAGGACCCAGCCAAUCCAAUCUUCAUCAACAAGUGUUUCAUCUGCAAAUCAAAAGCAUGAUGUGGUACCUACAGAAAGUGUGAUCAUUAUGCCUGUACACAAAACAGUACAUGAACAUGGUGAAAGCAUGAGGUGGAUCAAAGGAAUGGCAUACAUUCUGGGUGUUUUUAUUUUCAUCAUACUCUGUUGUUUUUUAAUCUACCUGUUUAAAAAGGUAAGGAAAAACAGACAAAGCAGAAGUGUACAAGUAGUCGAAUUUUCUCCUUUAAAUCAGAGUGAAGAAGACAGCCCUGAUACAAGAAGAAAGAUUAAUGGGCACUGCACCCAUGGUACUGAUGGAUCAAGAAGAAAUUCAAAUACAGUUUACUGUAAUAAAGAUCAUGAGGUUGUAACAGGAGAUCAGUUUGAGAACAUGGCUGAGAAAGACUCAGUUCAGAAAGGAAUUCCAUCAUCCCUUGAUGAUAAACCUUCAAAUUCCACAGAUAAAGUUGCUAAUAUGCAAGGGGAAAACCAUAGAGCAGGCUGUAACUUAAUUCCACCUCUUCAACCUGUGAAGGAUAACCUUGGGUAUUCAACCUACAUAACAGAUGUACCUCCACCUAUCAUCGGUGAAAUGUGCAUGCUACUUGACAUUGAAAGAGUCACAGAUGAGAAUGAUUAUAGAAUGCUGGGAUAUGAACUUGGCCUUAAAUCAUCAGAGAUCACCUCAAUCAAACAAAAAAGUAACAACCCAUCGCGUGUGCUACUAAUGGAAAAGUUUGCAAGCAAGCCAAACUCUGGAACACUUAAUCACCUCAAAUCCUUAUUAACAAAACUUGAGCGACAUGAUGUGAUUCAGGUUAUAGAUGAAUGGGUGCAAAAUCAAACAUUGCCCACAAAUUAGAAAUUGGUCUGUAGAUGAUUGAAGUUCACUUAACCCUCUUAAACUCCCAGAAGUGAUUAACAUGAAAUUUCCUCCUGUCAUAUCCAUACAUUAUCCAGCAAACAGGUAAUGAGAAAAUUCAAACUCAUCAGGUAGAAGUUUUAU